AUGUCUCAGGAAGAGCAGUCCGGCACCCCCAGGCCUCUGAGUGAUGAGAACGCAGCCCACCACCAAGAAAACGAGGUCCUAAUCAGAAAGAACAGGGACCUCCAAAGACAGAAUGGGGAACUCCGUGAAAACAUUAAGGGCCUUCGUGUGGAAGUCCAGUACUCCCGAAAGAGCAAUAAAAGGGCCCUCCAAAUACAGAACAAGGUGUUACGCACUGAAAAUGCCACCCUCCGCAAAGAUGCUGACAUCCUGCGCAGUGAAACAAAAGCUCUGUGCAACGAAAUUGAGGAAGUUCACAUUCAGAACAAAGAGACGCAGGAAGUCGUUCAUCUAUUGGAGCAAGAAAAACAGUCAUGGGGACAAAAAAUAAUUAACUUGAAACAGGACAUUCAAAAGAUGACCCAAAAGUUUCAAAAUGAAAAGGAUUCCAUGGCACAAGAACACCAGGCUUUGAAAAAAGACCUUCAGGAGGCCAAAGACGUUGUGCAUAACUAUUACAUGAUGGCGCAGGAAAAUGAGUUUAUAAAACAAGAAAAUCAUGCCCUGAAACAGGAAGUCAAGGAGCUGGAAAGAAAGUUGGGUGAAGGAGAAGAGGCCAUUCUGGAAAAGAAUACUGCUAUUCUCGAACAGGCUCAGGAGUACAGAAGUAUUCUACAAGUACUCAAAGGCUUUGUACACAACUAUGAUGAGAUGAGCCAAGAAAACAAGACCCUGAAAGAAGACGUCCAGGAGCUUACCAACAAGUUGCGUGACGGAGAAGAGGCCACGAGACGUAACCAUGAGACUCUGCAACAAGAAGUGCAGGAGUUAAAAGACAUUCAGCAAGAACUUAAGGUUUUUGAGCACAAGUAUAAUACACUGAAAGAGGACAAUGAGUCCACAGGCAAACAAAAGAACAGCCUGGAACAAGAACUUCAGGAGGUCAAGAACAUGGUCAGACUAGAGAAAGACUUGUGGGCUCAGGAGCAGCUCAAAGCUUCUCGGAGGACGAAAUCGCUUUGUGAUGAAGUGCAGAUGCUCCAGACUCAUCUGAACUUAAAGAUGGAGAGAAUUGAGGAAAUGCAGAGAGAAAUCGAGUCCCUUACUGAUAGUCCUGAGGUGCAAGCCUUUAAAGUCAAGACUAUUGCCGAUCAGAUCAAUGCAGAGCAUGUGGGAAAAAACGCCACGCACCAGAAGAUAUUGACAAAAAACUGGCUUUUUUACUGGUGUUCUAAUAACUUGUAAACUUUAGUUAAUUCC